GUGAAGACCUUCUAGAGAUAGCAACACAAGUUUGCGCGUGAUUGCGUGCAUGUGAUUGCAUUGCAAAGGUAAUAAAAAAAUGUGCACGGUCUUGUGGACCCGUCAGCGUGGUCACGUCUGAGGUUUGCGAGUAGACGUCUCAGGGCCACUGCGUUACAUAACAAAGGCAGAGAGCAACACGGUGCCAUGCUAAAGGUGUUCGACACCUGGGCGCCCGUCUAGCCUGUGUCGACUGCAUGUGUGAUGGCUCAGUGGGUGGGUGUGUAGGUGGGGCGGCAGGGUGCUUAGAGGGUUCCCUGAACCUCAUCGUUUGUCGCCAUCUUCCUUCCUGUUUUAUUCUCUCUCAUUUCCUGUCAGCUGACUCAGUCGGAGAAUCUUAAUCUGGUAAACAUCUAUGCAGCCGCCUCUGCACACGCUCUCUCUCUCUCACACACACACACGCGCACACACUUACAAAAUGUACUGUAGCCGCACUCAGAGAGACGAACCACACAUGUACAGGAAAGGCACAGCCAAACACUUUUAACAUAUGUCUCAUGGUCAAAUCACUUUAGUGAGGUCAAAGAAAGUAGGGCUUUGUCAAUAAGCUAUAUGUAUACGUUAGUAACACUUUUAAAUGGCAUGUGAAAAUAUGCUAAUGUUUCAGGAACUGAACAUACUUUUUACACAUCUCUGUUUCUCAUAAUACUCAAGCGAUACUUGCAUUAAAAAAAGAAGGUAAUUUCAGGAGAGUUAAGAAAAAAAAAAGUGGAUGGGACAUUAGACCCCAAAAAAACAAACAACAAAUGAAAGGGCAGAAAGAAAGACAGAAAGAAAGAAAGACAGGCAGAGAGAUUAAAAAAAAAAAAAAAAAAAAAGAAGCAAGCAAAAGAAGAAAGGACUAGAGACAACAAAGUUGGGCACUCGGUGAGAAAAAGAGACGCAGAGUGAGAUAAGGACGGGCAAGGAGACGGAAAGAGAAACAGAGAGAUGGAGGAGGGGGGCAGAGAGAUAAAGAUAGCUGAAAGGAGGGAGAUCCGUCAGCGUUUGUUUCCUCAGGAUGUGGUUACCACGACGACGAAAAGGCAGAGAGGCAACAUCACUACCCGCUGGUCCUCUUUGACACCUGCAAGUGUGUGUGUGAAAGUUGGUGUGUGUGUGUGUGUGUGUCAGUGAGUAACUAAAUGAGUAGACGUGCGUGAGUGUGUGUGUGUGUGUGUGUCUGUGUGUGUGUGUGUGUGUGUGUGUGUGUGUGUGAAAAAGUAUGUGGUCUGAGUACGGGUGGUUGUCAUGUGUGUCCAUUUUGCUUUAGGUGCUCUGUGCGUGUGUGUGUGCGUUUGUGCGCUGGAAAGGAUGCACAGUGAAAAGAAAGAGAGCGAAAGAAAGAAAGAAAGAAAAAGGAAGGACUGAGAGGUCGAAAAUCUGAAGGGGAAACAAUCAAACGCGACGAGACAGUGCGCCGGAGAGCAGAACGAGAAAGAGUCAGAAGAACGAUGAGGAGAAUCAGGAGAGCUGUAAGAGCCCGAAAGCAUGAACAACACGGGACGAACAUACGCGAAAAGGAAAUUAAGCGUCAAGAACUGGUAAAAAAAAAAAAGAGAAAAAAAGAACCCGACAACCUUUAUACGUGUUAAGUCUAUUUGCCUGUACAUUUCAUCUUACUUCAUUUCUCUCUCUGACUCACUCAGUGUCCUAUUUAGAGCAGAAUGUGGUUUCAAGAAGAAAGAUAGAAGAUAGAAGAAAAAAUGACGAAGAAUUUAAGAUUCAAUGCAAAUAUCUGCAGCUGGAGUGAGAUUUAACGUUUGAAAUGUUGUUUUUAUGAAGGAAGUAUUGUGCGUCACGGUUAAAAUGGAUUUUUAUUUUUUAACUGUAAUUGAAGUAGGGUUGUGUUUGCUAGAAAAAUCGCCGUCUCUUCAUGGCUUCACCCGAAUCAUAACUUCAUGCAGGUGUGAGGCACUCUAGCAAAACCCAGCGAGCCACUAUGGAGGAUCGCCCGUCAGCACAAUCCUUCUCCAACCACCACCAGCCUCGCCACCGCCCGUCCUUUCCCGUCACCGUGCCAAGCUUUCACAACUCCCAAGUGGAAUACCCGUCCACUCAGCCCGCCCAGGGUUCCCUGGAGGCGUACGGGAGUAGAGGGGAAGAAUCUGCAACGUCGUUCCUGAUAUCAAACGCCUCGCCGGGGUCUAAAAGAGGGAGCAUUGGGGCUGACAGAGUCUUCCUGAACGCCGGCCUUAGCAGUCUGGAUGGAGAUACUAGUUUAGGGGGCCAUCUUGAUGGUGAUAACGGGUUAGGCAGCCAUUUUGAUGACUCUUGGUAUGGCACUGUCAAAAAAGAAGUUUGGGAUGAUGGAGAGAGUUGUGAGAGUCCUGCGGAUGAAUUUCCUGCUAAAAGUGACUGCUACGUAAACACGAAUGAUGUCUUUUACACAAUGAACUGUGCCAGUGAGGAAGGAGUCAGGCAUAGAGCCAGAUCAAACUAUAAUAACUAUGCUCAUGUUAGCUGUGAGGCUAAAAGUGAAGCAGCUUACAGCAGGGAGGCUAACAUUAGCCACUUUACUAAACAGACUACGUCCUGCAACAGAAAUGGUUCAGGGAGCUUUAAUGACAGCGGUGUAGAGUACUGUAGGACGGAUUCAAGAGUAAGCGAAGGCUAUUUGGGAAGAGAAGAAGAUUAUGGGUCCAGCUGUGGCUCAGGUGAGGAUCAGAUUCAACCGGCAGAGGUUGACGGACACUGGCUCAGUAUCUCUCCCUCGAGUCAAGAAGGCAGAUGGCGAGGAGCUGCAGACGGCCACAAUUUGGCAUCUGGAUGCCUACCGCAGAGAUCGCUCAUCAGCAUCAACAGCAGGACGUACACUCAGAAACUGGACUCCUUCUCCGAGGCUUUCCUCUCCCAGCGAAAGAGACGAUACCCCGGGAUGCCCGGCGGAGAUUCCUCCGGACCAAUUUGGGAAUACGGAAUCGCGAGAGGAGAGAAUCCCACACUGGCGAGGCAAAGUUGCGCCUUUGACACAGACUCUUACAUCCCUCCCUCCUCCUCCUCGUCUUCCCCCGGUCACCCCUCUCUCCCGUCUUUCCCCUCUCCCCCCACGUCGUCUCACCUCAUGUCUUCGGUCCUCAGUCCUCCCCCCACACCUUUACCCCCUCCAUCCCACUCGCCCUCCAAAAUGGACUCUCCCAGUGGGUUUGCAGGCACCGGACAUUCGGUUCAGCAGGGAGGAGAGCCGCUCGGCACCGUCCAGUUUUUCACGUCUCGCCUCCCACCCGUGCCCUCUGUACACCCCCCUGGGAUGCUAUGGAAGUUUCCACUGCUGUCACACUGCUUCCCGCAGUCGUCAGGGGACCCCGGCAAUACUGAAUGCAGCCUAAGAUCCUCCCAUGGCGACGACUAUGGUAACACAGCCGCGCACAAACACCUCCAGUCUCCCGAGUCGCUGUUCCCCUCCUCCUCGUCCCAUCAUCCGUCCGUUCACCCGUCCAGAGCCCUCUGUGCCUCCACUGGUCCACCCCUCCAAACCCCUUUCCAUUUCCAGCCUCGCCAGACUCACGUCUCCGGCCAGCGUCACGAGGCGGUGGAGAGGAUAGCUCCUUGCAUAGUGACCCAGAAAGUGAAGAACGGACCAGCAAGUGUGAACCAAGCACAACUACGGGGACAAGCCACUCCAAUCUACACCGGAAAGCCGUUCCCCAGUGUCCUUCAAUCCGGCAGGGGCCAGAAGAGGAGCCGUUACACACCACGGCCGCUCCUCAAUCCAGUCCGCACAGGGAUGGGGCUCUACUCCUCCGUCUCGUCUCUCCAUCACAGAGACGAAGAAUCAAGACAGGAAGAGGACUGCGGCGUCUCGCCAUGCAUCAACGUGGGUCCUGAUUUCCAGGCCGAUCUCCCUCCUUUCUUUGCGGACCGUGAAUGGUCCGGGGUGUGGCUGCCCGAGGAAGAGUCCCCACGGGAACAGUUACUCUGGAAACCGUGGCACGAGCUGGAGGACAGCGCCAACUCACAAGACCAAGUGGAGAAGCUGCUGUCCAUGUGCAGUUCCAGCUGCCUACCAGGAGGAGGCAGCAACACGGAGCUGGCUCUGUACUGUCUCAACUACUGUCAGGGGAACACAAUGGCCACACUGGAGAUGCUGUUGUUCUCACAGCCCUCACCCACAGGAGACUACCACUACUCUGGCUGUGAUGCUUGGACAGACACUGAAAAGAGUCUCUUCAAUGCAGCUCUCGGGACUUGUGGAAAAGACUUUACACUCAUAGAGAAAAUGGUGAGGACUAAGACAGUGCGCCAGUGUGUGGAGUUUUACUACCUGAGCAAGAAGCUGCUGGACAAGCAAAAGAAACAGAAAGAGGAGGAGAGCAGAGAAGGAGAGGUGGAGCAACAGAAAAGUGUGACGCCCAUCUGUCAGCCAGUGGACAGACAGUAUUCGGUGGAGGAGGCGGUUCCCGUGCCCUCAUUGGCCAGCUUCUUCCCCUGCAAGCUGUGUGGCAAAAUGUUUUACAAAAUCAAGUCCCGUAAUGCUCACAUGAAGAUCCACCGGCAGCCCCAGGAGGACUGGAGCGAGAGGCGGCUCCAGCACCAGCUCCUCACCCAGCGUCUGGCCCUCACUCGUCCCGCCAACCUCAUCCCCGCUCCCAGCAGCAACCUGCUCCCGUCUCAGCCUCCAGCUCUGACAUUUCCCUCCUCAGGCCACGCUGGAACGCCGAGCAGCACCAACGGCAAUGCGAACGACGUCCACAACUCUGUAAGCAGUAGCAACCCCAUCGUUCCCAGCAAUGUCCUAGAUCCCAGCACGGCUGUAACGUACAGCAGUAGCAUCGCGCCACCAAACUGUCAUUUAAUCGCCAACGUUGACACCAGCGACUCGCACCAAAGAGAACCGGCCUCCGUGUUACCCUUCCACCCGUCAUGGGGCUCUUUUGGACAGCCUCCAGAUCCGGCCGCCUUCUACUGCAACCUGGACGGGAAGGAGGAAGUAGGAGCUGGGACAGUGCCGGGAAAAGAGACAAUCAACUGGCAGUAAAGCUCCAACGGCAAAAUGCAUUACGACCACAAUCAAGGCUGUGUGUUUUAAUUCAGACUCCUUAUCUUUUACUAUUAUUCAAACUUGAGUGCUUGUUUCAAACGUUUUCUUAUGUUAUAAAUUUUGCACUUAAAUGUCUUACGUAUUUAAAUGUUUCUCACGCAUUUGACAUUUGAAUAAAACCUGUAACCAUACAAUUGUUUGUUACAAUUGAGCUUAGCUUUUUGAGCUUAGCUUCCAGGUUGUGGGUCCGUAUUUUUAUUUUUUUUUACAAAUAAACGUAUGAACGUUCUGUUCUGAAUUAACGUUAAUGCAUUUAACCUCAGGAAAUAUAUUUCCAGAGGGGCCCCUUUAAGGGAGACAAACUAAACUGUGCCCUGUUUCCAAAAGGUCUACAUUUCAACCGAGGCCUUACAAAGAUACACAAAAACAGGCAUGCACGCAUAGACACGCACAGCUUGUUGAAAGGUUUUGAUUUAACACCAUAAUGGGCUAAUAUUGACCUUGGGAAACCAUCUCCUCUCUUAUAACUGUCUGAGUGCCCAGAAUUGUUGAUGGUUAACUACAGUGACCAUGUGUUUGUGUAGUGCAAGUGUGUUCUGGGAGAUGCCAACAACUGAGGGUGCUGAGUGGUAGCGUUCAGCAGGUCAACCGUAAUUUAUGUAAAAACGGGGCACCACGGACAAAUGUCCAGUCCAAAACAAUAUUUCCUUUUUGCACUGGCAGAAUGCACCUUUUAGAGUAUAGUGCAGAGCAGAUGUUUGUUCUGUAGUGAUUGGGUCAGUUGUGUACCUCAUGCUCCCAGCUGAAGUGCGUUUGUCAAGGCCGGGAGUGCUCUUUGAUCCCCACGACCACUCUGAUAAUGAUAAUGGUGUUUGUAGUUUCCAGGUGUAUAAUGUGUGCGUUAAAGUGCCUGUGCGUAUGUAUGUGGUGGGUACAUUGUGUGUUUACCCCCGUUCGCCUCUGAUAAACGUUAACAAUGGCCUUUAGAGUGGUUGCUCGUCUGAAACACUCCCUCCCCCCGAUGAAAGUCUAUGUCCGACACGGUUUGCCUGCCUUUUUUUUUUUUUUCAGAUUCUAACACUGACUGAACUUCCUAUCUCUGUAAUGUAUAGUGCAAGCUGUAAAUAAAUAAGCCUAGCAUUUUU